ACACAUUGAAAAACCCCAUCACAGAAAGUCAUCAACAGGAGCGAUAUGUCCUUGAAGUGAUGAUGUGGAUCAACAUGUGUGUCUGCCUUCCUUUUACUAUACUGAUCAUCUACUGUGUGUCUUGUAUGGUGCAGCAGAGUCAGGUCUCUAUCAUCUAUUACACAAAUCUCCUCAUCACCAAUCUAAUCCAGAUCUGCAUAAUGACCAUGUGGGUGACAAGAGUGGAAAGCAUCAUCACCGUCAUUAUUUAUUACUGUGUUAUGAUGGCCAACCUUUACUUCAGGAUGUGCAUUGCUCUGGAAAGGUAUUUUUCCAUCAUGCACCCACUGCUGGACUGUGUCAGAAACACUAAGAGUUCGGUGGUGGUUUGUGUUCUGGUCUGGGCUUUUUGUAUUGUCAGUGUCCCUCUUGCCAUAGUCUUACAAGAAUUUCAACGAUUACUUGUUUAUGCCAUUCUCCCUGCUCCUGUUUUCAUCUUAUGUUCAACUCAGUCCUGCGGAGCCCUGGCUCAGGCCACCUCUAUGUCCACUGAGGAAAAAAAGAGAAUUCUGGGAACUCUGACUCUGUUGUCCUUUAACUACUUUCUAGGAACCCUUCCCACAAUGAUCUUUCAUAUUCUAGUUAUGCAAAGUUAUAUUAACUGGAUUGUCUUUCUGCUUGUUCCUUUUGUGGAAUUGAUUCUGUUUUUUUUUUUCAUCUUCUCUGCAUGUGUGUGGUGUGUGGACAGCACUGCAUCAGAUGAAGAAGCUGAUGAUGAGUGUGGCUUACUUUAGAACAGACAGGAGUGUUGAUGAAAACAGAGCCAAGAGAGAGAAACAAGGAUGCAAAUGGUUGAAGAGUUUCUGAGAAAUGAGGCAAAAAAAACCUCAUCCUUCACAAAUACUGUUGCAUGAGGACCUCAGACUGUCUGGGGUUGGGUCUCUGAAACAGCACUUUGAGUUUAUUGUUUCAUUUGUGAAUUCUUAGGUAGAUGAUAAGAAUGUUAAGUUCUUAUAUUAAGUUGAGCUUUGAGUUUUAAGUUUGGUUUAGGUUAUUCUGUUUAUUCUUAGUUUUGAGUCUGUUUCUUUUUUCUUUAUUAUUUGCGCUGUCUUGUCCUUAGUGCUUUACUUUCUGUAUGCUGGUGUUUAAGUCUUCCUUGUCGGUGCGUCAUGUGGAGUCUGCGUGUAUUAGUCUGUUCACAUUCCCUAUGUUAUCUUGCUUGUGUCAUGUCUGUGUCCUGUUAGGGUUCCUGUUUUAUUUUGAAGAGGUUUUGUGUUCUGUGUUCAUUGUUUUAGUUUCACUUUCUCCUGCGGUGUCAUCAUGCUAAUUUGUGUCAGCCCCAUCUUGUUUUCCUUCCCCUCAUCACCUCCUGUGUCUUUAGUCUGUGUGUUUCCAUUUGUUUCUCAUCACAUCGUCUGUAUUCCUUCCCGUCAUGUCAGAUUCUUGUUAUUUCAUAAUUCUGUUCAGGUCAUGUUCAAGUUUCAUGUUUUUUGGCCUCAUAGUCCCUCACAUGUACCUGUUCAGUAUUAUGUUCACAUCAUGGUAAUCAUCAUUUAGUUUCUUUCCAGUGUAGAUUUUAGUUUACUUGUCGCCCUGCUAGCCUUUUGUUUUGUUUUGCAUGCUUGAGUAUCAGCCCCAAAUAAAGGCUCACUUUUUGUUAAAGUUUAUUCUGUCUCAUCGCCUGUGUCCGCACUUAGGUUCUCCACACACAUGUACAAAUAACUGACUGAGUCCCAGCCUGUAAAAGCCUGAUUGGGAAUUGUCAGGCAUGUGGCGUGGACACCUAAGUUUGUGAAUGACACAACUCAAAAACAAGG